UGCAUUUGACUCUUGUUGCAGCGCAUAAGUUGUCCAACACUAACCCAGCGCUUCACUUGCUUCGUUACCGUUACCUGGCAACGUUGAACAAAAAAAUCGAGAUGGAGUACCCUUUAACCUCUUUAACUGUCUAUGGGAGUACCAGGAAAAAUCUGACAAACGCUAAUAUUGAACUAAGAUAGCUAUCUAGCUAUCAGUCAGAUAGUCGAUUCUUAAAUAACUAUUUUACUUUGCAAAUGUGUCAAAGACAAAUGGCUGUAGCAAACGCAACGCCAACUCUGAAAGAGUGCGAAGUGAAACAAUGCCUGCCACAAAUAUAUAAGGCCCUUUUGACAGCUUCAUGUCUGUCAUGUCCCAAUGACCCGAUACAGUUUCUGAAAAACACUCUCAUGGCUUUCCAGGGACAUGAUAAUCUUCAGGAUGUUGACUGGCACAAGUUUGUUGCGGAUACAGAACAGCAUACUGCAUCAACUUCUCUGACUGUGGACACUGUUUAUAUUGACCCAGAUGACUCCAUGUUGACCUUUUGUCUUUUUGAGAAGGCCUUCUGCUGUUACAGGAAACAUUUAACAAGCUCUUGCUUCAGGAAAUGGAAGCGGUUCACCACGCAGAGUAAAAGUGACAUAAUAGAGCUGGCUUUGAAGAUGGACAUGGCAAAGAAGCAUUAUGAGAGGAAAUGCCAGCUUGUUGCAUUCACCAAAUGGUCGAACUGGGUGAAAUUGCACAAGAAGACACAGGAAGUUGCCACAGAGAAGCUUGAGAGACUUGUAAAUGCUGGCCGCCUUGAGCGCAUCAUGGCUGCAUGGUGUAAUGUUGCAAAGGACGCAAAGAGGACAAAAGAGUACUUUAAGAGGUUGGAAAUGGGGUUUAUAGAAAUUGACAACAAAGUCCACGAGAUCAGGGAAGGAUGUGAUGGACUCUCAGUGCUCCCUAGCAGCCUUUCAAUAAAGAUCUUUCAAUAUUUAGGGUUGCAAGACUGGCUAAAUUGUGCUGAGGUGUGUUGCACAUGGAAAGCUAUUAUCCAGUCAGGCACACUGUGGAGUCAGAUCAACUUCUCUGUGGAGAAAGACUGGAUAACAGACAGCACAAUGAAGCAGAUUCUGCAAACUUAUCGCCCAUUUGUGAUCCAUCUUAACCUGCGUGGUUGCACGUCUCUAAAAUGGCCCAGCUUGAAAUAUAUCAGUGAGUGCAGAAAUCUCCAGGACCUUAAUUUGUCAGAGUGUCUUAAUGUUACAGAUGUGAUGGUUCAGAAAAUUGUCGAGGGCUGUCCCUGCCUGCUGUACUUGAACCUUUCUUGCACACCUAUAACAAACAAAACUCUAAGGGAACUGUCCAGGAGCUCUCUCAACCUUCAAUACCUGAGUCUGGCCUACUGCUGUAGAUUCACAGAUAAAGGGUUUAUGUACCUGAACACAGGAAAGGGUUGCCACAAUCUCAUCCACCUCAACCUGUCCGGCUGCACUCAGAUGACUGUUAAUGGGUUCAGAUACAUUUCUGCCGGCUGCCCUUCACUCAAGGAGAUUGUGAUCAAUGACAUGCCCACGCUGUCAGAUAGCUGUGUCUUGGCGCUAAUUGCCAGAUGUCGCUGUCUGUCUGCCAUUUCUCUGCUGGAUGCUGCUCAUCUUUCCGAUGUUGCCUUCAAAGCCAUCGCUGAAGUUGCCAAACUGAAGACUUUUAGGACAGAGGGUAACAACCAACUAACAGACGUCAGCUGGAAGGCCUUGUGCAGCAGCUCACAAUGCCUCCGCAGACUCCACGCUGCAGAAUGCUCCAGAAUGACUGACGCAAGCCUCAAAUCUAUGGCCAAGCUCAAGAACCUGCAACACCUUGACAUCUCACUUUGUAACAAGGUGAGUGAUACUGGGAUCCAGUUUCUGACUGAAGGUUUCUCAUCCACCAAACUGAGAGAGCUGAAUGUCAGUUACUGCAGUCACAUCACUGACAUAUCAGUCAUGAGGAUAGCACAAAGGUUGUGUAAGCUGUACCAUCUCAACUUGAGUUAUUGUGAGAGUCUGACUGAUGUGAGUCUGGAGUGGCUGAGUGGCAGCUCUAUCUGCUCGCUUGACAUCAGCGGUUGUCACAUCCAGGAUCAGGGGCUGGCAGCUCUUGAGAGAAUUCGCUUGAAGAAGUUAGUUCUUGCCGAGUGUGUCUACAUCACAGACAUUGGCAUGGAGAAGCUGUGCAAGAAUAUGAGAGAUCUGGAACAUGUUGAUGUGUCUGACUGUGUAGCCCUGUCAGACCCGGCCAUCAGAGCGAUUUCAUUUUACUGCAGAUAUUUAGUCACACUGCGGAUGUCAGGGUGUCCCAAGAUGACAGAUAUGGCAGUGCAGUAUCUGACAAGUGGAUCUCAACACCUGCGAGAUCUUGAUGUGAGUGGCUGUGUUCUUCUCACAGAUCGCAGUCUCCGAUACUUAGAGAGGAUCUGUCCUCCACUCUGCUCCAUCACAAUGGCCUGCUGCAGCAGCAUCUCCAAGGCGGCCGCCUUAAAGCUUCAGCCUCAUGCGGAGCACUGGGAGCACAGCAGUGAUGACCCUCCAUACUGGUUUGAAUACAACAUGGACCGAACAGUGCAUCCAAUCACAAGACCCGCUAAGACUGAAGACACCAGAGAAGUAGUGGAACAGCACCCAGUGAUGUCAAAAGCAGCAUGUGCAGAGAGAGUAGAACAGAUCUCAAUAAGUAAUGUUAUUGUAAAGGUAGAGCCCUAAUUAAUCACAUUAUCAUUUUUGGGACAUUGUUUCAAAACAUGUUAGUUCAUCUAUAACAAACCAUUUUGCAUGAUACACUUAAAAUAAUCUACACAAAAUCACUGGUUAAAUAAUCAGAUUAGGAUUCACCUAAUUGAUUGAGGAAAUA